AUGGCACUCGUCACGAUAUCUGGAUAUCCUUCCUCAGGGAAAACACGGAGGGCAGAACAGAUUAGAAACCACCUCGAGACCCGUCUGCAAGAUUCCGCCUACAUAGGCCCAAAGUUGAAGGUCGCGGUCCUCUCCGACGAUUCACUGAACAUCGAUCGGGGCGCAUACAAUGACGGCCGCGCCGAGAAGCUCGCACGCGGGGCGCUCUUUACGGCGCUGCAGCGGCAGAUGGGCGCGGACACCAUUCUGAUCGUCGACUCGCUCAACUACAUCAAAGGUUUCCGCUACCAGAUGUACUGCGCCGCGCGAGAGUCUCGGCUGAGGGUGUGCACCGUAUAUGUCCUUGCCACGCCGGAACUGUGCAGGGAAUGGAACACCGUGCGCGAAGAUGGGCGAGCAUAUUUGCCUGAAACGCUUGACAGUCUUCUGCUGCGUUUCGAGGAACCAUCAUCAAUGGUCCGCUGGGACUCACCUCUUAUCACAGUGCCAUGGACAGACGAAGAUGUGCCUGCUGAUGACAUCUGGAAAGCUGUGACCGAAGGGAACGUCAAACCGCCAAAUGCUGGGACACAGGCCGUUCCCAAGGCACCCACGGACGCACUGCGUGCGCUAGAGUCAACAACAGCAGCUAUGGUCUCAGCGUUCAUGGCGGAGCAGUCCAUACCGAUGGGGUCAGGAGGAUCAAUUACUCUUCCACUCAGCGGGACGCUUAGACCGCGAAUCACGAUCCCUCCGCGCAACGUGACCCUCGCUGAGCUGCAGCGAUUAAAGAGACAAUUUGUGACUGUGCACAAGAAGGCGAUUACUCUGGGAACCAUCGAGAAGGGAGCCGUAGACUGGAGUGAGGAGAGCAUAGCAGACAAAUUUGCCGUAUAUAUCGAAGGAAAUUUGAAGCCAUGA